CCCUUGAAUAUCGCCAACUCGAACAAUGAUGAACUACAUUCAUUUGGUUUCGGUUCGAACAUCGAGCAAUGGAGUCUUGACGAAGGUCCUGCCGAGAACGCGACAGGGAACUUGAUCUUCGACACGGUCCACUCACUCUUACAACACUGGCCAAACACUCGAUAUCGUAAUGGUACGUAUCCCUGUCCGCUGCUUUGCUAAUGCAGGACAAGUGUUUCAUCCUUUUAUAGGACAUAACAUAAUACCAGGAACAAUUCCAAUAGGUACUUUACUGUAUCACGGCACCACCCGCAAUGCGAUACCCAGUGAGCCUGAGUGGACCUCUACAGACCCAGAACAUUCUCUUUGUUUUGCUCUUGGAGAUGGGGUUGGCUGGCACCUCACGCUGGCAGCAACGCGACCUCUGAAAGUUUUGUACUUUGAUGGAAGUAGUGCUGCUAAGGUACCUGAGGGUACAAUGGAUAUACAGGAUAUAAUAGCCUGGGGAGAAGUGCAACCUGAGCGCAUCUUGGAUGAAGAUUCACGGAUUACAGAUCUCUGUAGGUGGGGAAAGGAGUUCGGAAUCGACGGUUUCGCGAGGAUGGAAAUGGACUUUGAAGUUAUGUUGUGUGAUUUUACGGCCGGUGUCGAAGUAGUAUCUUUCCUGCAUGUUCGGGUCUUAUGGAAGGACACAAACGGGUUCCCUCCGAAUCGCCCUGUUCCCGCACCCGGUCCUGAUAUCUGGAAUCGCAUAGUUGAAGCCAUGCACUCCGGCUCAUGGCACAAUCACCACCCGGGAGAAUCUCGCAUUGUGCUCGACCUGGCUGGUCUUGUCUCACUGUACGAUAUCGCAUUGGCACCUUCCCUCGUCCCGGUUCGCGCGGGGCUUGAACGGCAAGACCACCGGGUGCUCGGAAUCUCAUCAGAAGACAUAUCGCAGCUGAUGAGAAAGCUCACCGAAGUCAUCAGUCGACCAGACCCGGGCAGCGGAAUAGACUGGAAGGCCCUCACCCACGUCAUCGUUGAUCGAUAUGCGGAUCGGCUCGAGCUCGUGCGGCAUCUUCUCAAUUUCACCUCAUCAGACUCGCAAGAACUCCUUCAGCGAGCAAAGCUCGUGCAGACCCAGCUCCGCGUUAUGCUCGCGCCAUAUCUAUUAGAUGCUACCGUUGUCCCUAGCGCAGAUACUCCGGGCCUACAUCCAUUGCAGUGGGCAUCCCCAAUGUUCAGGCUAUGUGCCACAACACAUACUACCGCGAUGACAUAUCAAGUACCCUUAAUGACGCCUUCAGAACGCCUGUUGCUCAAGGCCAUCGAGGACAUAAUGAGAGAAAUCUGUCGUGUCACUACGAAGAUGUGGGCCGUUGGUGUCACGAGCGGGUUCGACACUCUUUUCCCCAUUGAACUUGAUGGGGAGCCUGAUGUCGCUCAAAUAAUGAAUGACUGGAGACAAGACACCCAAAAGCUGAUGUCUUGGUUAGACUGGAGUAUAUGGAUUAAAUGCCGACCUGCCUGCGGCCCAGAGGAAAUAUGUUAUCUUCCUACCUGGCCCCUUAAUGCCCCCACGCCACGUCAACCUCCGCAGGACCCGCAGAACACUACUGAUGCACCAGCAGAAGUAAAUCAUCUUGCUGAUCAAGUCGGGCAUCCACCAGAAGGCUCAGCGAUUGCAGAUGCUUUUUCCUCCAUUGAGACGCCGAUGGAGGAAUGGAAGAGGCCUCAACCGAAGUGCGUCAGGCGCCUCCCGCCGUAUCAAUUUUGAUCCCGACGGGCCCUCACGCGUAUGAACUACAUCUUUCGUGGAGUUGAGUCAUCUGGAUAUACCUUUUUCCCUGAUAGUCCUAGGCCUCCCGAGGUCACAGACGUGUUUUCCUGCUGGAAUGCAAAUAUUGGUAUAUGUAUUGGAUACAACACC